ACCCCACUAUUUAGAAACGUAAAGGUGUAAAUAGACAUUUUAGUUAUUUCAAAGGUCAUCGAGUUCAAUUAAUAAAAAAACUUAUCAUGAAUUAUAAAACGUGUGAUAUUUAAUAAAUUUUGCGAAGUCAUGUCGAAACGGCGUCCAAUACAUUCAAAUCCAUCUCGGUUGAAUUUCCGUAGUAUGGAAAAUCCAAAAACUGAAAAUCGUGGUACACGACCAACAGCAGAACCAACAUCAGUUCAAGAAAUUUUCACUUUAAUGGUAUUACAUGUUUGUAAAAAAUCGAUAUUUUUCGAUAUUAAUUUAAAGGUAGCUUUAUACUUAGGUGCAUUAUUUUUACUAUCAUUAAUCACCGAUUUUUUACCUUUUCCAAAAACAUAUUUUGCUCGUUCUGAUAAUUUAUUUAAUCAAUAUUUUGUGAAAUUUGCAUGGGGUUGGAAUUUAUUAUUGUUAAUUCCAUUUGUAACGUUAUCAUCGCUUACAUAUUGUUGUGGAAAUAUUCGAACUGUUGUUCGAGAACAUUUACCAAGGAUUGCAAUCGCUACUUUCUUCUGGUUAUUCUGGAUUAAGUUUUUUAAUUUCAUUGAAACAACUUAUGGAAAGUGCAACAAUAAACAAUAUGACUCAAAACCAAGUUGUUUAAAGGCUGGUUUAUUUUGGAAUGGAUUUGAUAUUUCAGGACACAGUUUCAUUUUAAUAUAUGGAAGUUUAAUGUUAAUUGAAGAAGCUCGAGUGAUUAUUGGUUGGGAAACUAUUAAAGAAAAUUUACGAAAUGAACAGCAUAAUCGAAGUGUUCAAACAUUACAAUCAAAUAAUAUACUCCGUAAUUUAUCUGAACAUGAAUUAAUUGGUGUAAAAGUAUUUUACGAGAAAUUUACGAUAUAUGUACGAAUAUUAUUUAUUGCAAUGACAGUACUACAAAUUUUAUGGGAUGUUAUGUUAAUAUCAACAAUGUUAUACUAUCACAUAAUGGCUGAAAAAUUUGUUGGUGGAAGUAUUGCCAUUUUAACCUGGUAUUUUACGUAUCGAUUUUGGUUUAAACAACCGAAUUUAUUACCAAGAGCACCUGGCGAUGGUUCGUUUAAAUAUACAAAAGCAAAAGAUACAUCAACAACGAAUUUAAAUCGAAAAGCAAGUUUUACAAUGCCAACAACGUCAACGCCAAAAUCAACACCGAAAUUUAUGGGUAUGCCAAUUUAUAAACCUGCUGAAACUAACACAUCUCGUAAGAAUGGCAACGGGGAAAAUAUACCAAACACUGCUACUAGUUUAAGAUAAUACGAUUUGUUAUAAAACGAUUUUUAGUAGAUUUAUUUAGUAGCUCAUUUUUUAUAUUUUGUUAUUCUUUUGUCUCAAGUCCGUAGCCAAAACAAUUUUUCGUACCUGUUGAGUAAAACCGAAAGAAUGUUGUAUAAAUCCAACCAGGUCCAUCAAAGAGGACAAAGUUUGAUUAAAAUAAAUACAUCCUCAAAACUGAUGUC